UGAGAAAGGAAAAUGGGCAUGCUAAUUGUUAGCCUCUGGAAAUAUUGACAUUAUCCACCAUAAUUGUGUUUUCUGAUCUUGAAGGAGCUUAGCAUUCCACAAAGAACGUUAAGUAAGUAGGUACGGUCUUUCAAGUUGAUUUAUUUUGAAUCAAUGUAGCUAACGUUAUUAACUUAAGGUAACGUAGCUAAGGUAAACAUUGUUAGCACUAGUUAUCUACAUUGCUAAAGUUAGCCAACUAGCUAGCAUAAGCAAACCAGCCCCUAAGCAAACAUUAGCUAGCUACCGAUAGUGUCGUUUAAUUUAUUGUGACCACUUUUUUGUUGUUGUGUGUAACUAAAUAACGUUUAGCAAGCUAGCUAACGUUAGUUAAUUACAAUUUAAACGAGUUGAUGUAACGCGUUAGCUAGCUAGCUACAUACCAGCUACUUGUUAGCUAACGUUAACUACGUUUCCACAAUAACAAGCUGCUUGUAGCUUGGUGGUUAGCCAGUUAUCUGGGUGGUUUAUCCAGCUAACGUUAGCUAGUUAUUUAGGGUUAGGGAAAUUGAACAAUGACCUCAUGUAGCUAACUUAACUAACUAGUAGCUACUGUACUGACUGUAACGUUAGAUGGUCAUUGUUGUUAACAAGAACUAACGUUACCUAGCUAGCUUCCUGACUGUUGUGAUUAACGUUAGCUAGUUAUACCAAAGAUGAUCUAUAUACUGGCUAUGCUAUUGUAUAUAGCUAGCCAGCUAGCUUGGACCUCUGCCUGUCUGAAUGGCGCUAGCUACCUACUGUAGCUACGUUGUUGUUGGAUUGGUGCAUUGAGCUAGCCUAGAAAGCCAGUCAUCAUUGCCCAUUUUCCAUGUUGAUGUUUAGUAAACUUAGUUAGAGAGUUACGUCACUGAUAUCAUCACUGAUGUUGUGUACAUUUGUUUCCCUUACUCAAAUAAGUGUUAUUCUUAUUUUAAAAGGAUAAACCGGGCAAUAUGAUUUGGCCUAGAAGCUAGCUGUUAUCAUUACAUUAGGAACUUGCAGUCUGGUUAGCUUGCUAGCUAUAGACUUGGUAGACACUAACGUUAACGUUAGUAGUUUAGCUACACAGUAGAGAGAGCUUAGUUACCUAUCUAGAUGCUGAAACUUAAGUGUAGAUAAUCAACCUAAUUUCAUGUUAAAAGUCAUUCCUUUGUUUGAGAUUGUUUGAGUUUAUGCUCUCUUUCAGUUCCGAUCUUUUACUGUUUUGCCAGGUGUGAAGUGUUUUGUCCCUCUUUUUUUUGUAGGAAAGCAGUUAAAGUAUUCAGACACAACAUAGAAGUUGUUGGGAUUUCUGCAUCCCGUUGUCAUCGUCCACCCCUAACACAAAGUGAUGACCUCACAGCAGCAUCUCCUCCCCAAUGCAAACGUCAACCCUCCCCUCCUCGUCCCCCAGAACUCGUCAGCUCACCACGGUAGACCUCACAUUAAUCCAAACCAGCUGGACUCUACUCAGAGUAGUGCUGCGGGGCACCUUGCCCCCCACAGAGGUCUGAUGGGUGGUGUGGGGUCCUCAUCGGUGGGGACCUCCAGUGGAGUGGCAGUGAACAGGGGCGCCUCGGCCUCCUGCACUAACUCUGCCACCCCCAGGAGGCACUCGUCGGGACGCUUCGAACACUGGCCUGAGGAGGCCGUAGACAACUCUUACGGCUUGUACUCACUACACCGCAUGUUUGACAUAGUGGGAGCCCAGCUCACGCACCGCGACGUGCGAGUGCUCUCCUUCCUGUUCGUGGACGUCAUCGACGAGUAUGAGCGCGGAGGCAUCAGGAGCGGCCAGGACUUCCUGCUAGCUCUGGAGCGCCAGGGGCGCUGUGAUGAGACCAACUUCAGACACGUCCUGCAGCUGCUCCGCAUCAUCACACGCCACGACCUGCUGCCCUACGUCACACUCAGGAAGAGACAGACCGGUGAGUGGUGGUGUCCUUCUCAACCUUUGUCUUUCUCAUGCCCACUAAAAUUCUAUUGAAAAUGAAAGAGCAAACAAAAUGUAUUGGCGUCAAGACAGAAAAACUUAGGUUGUCAAUCUCCAAAAUGUUAUUCCAAAAAAAAUUUCCCCCUUUUCACCAUCCUCUUGAAAACACACUUUCUGUGUUUUCUUAGUUAAUAAUUUACAAUUUACGUUACAUUUUAAUAUUAAGUCACUAACCAAAAGCAUUCCUUUCAGUGUGCCCAGACCCAGUGGAUAAGUACCUGGAAGAGACGUCGGUGCGUUAUGUGUCCCCCAGAGGAGGAGAGAGCAGGGAGGCUGCACCCCAUAGGAGGACAGGUGAAUGUGUGACUCUGCAUGUAUACAUCUACAUACAGUAUAUGUGUGUGUGUGUGGAAAUAGUGAAAUGAAUACAUCUGUAAAUGUCUUAGCAUUUUUUUCCCACUCCAUUAACAGGCCCCCAACCAGUAAUAUGCUGUUCUCCAUCGGGACCCCAGGUGGGCUCCCCCCGCACCAAGCCAGGCCCCCCAUUACCCAGCCGCAAGAGGAAGAGGGCCCACACCACAGGAGACUGCAGGGAGAAGCAAACCUGUGGUAAGGGAAUUUUGGGUGUUUAUUGUGAAAGCAUGAAAAAUAUCCCCUCAAAAUAAUUCAAAAGCAACUUGUUUAGUAACUUUAUGCCUUCAGAGGCCGCAUGUGUGUAUCUACUUUUUGACAGUUCUUUCAUGACAAUAAAUGACAAAAGAGUUGGCUAAAGCACAUGCAUACAUAUCUGCGACCAAACUAUACAGAUGCUGAAUUAAAAGUCUAAAUUGCUCCAGAAUUCCUUGACUGUAUAGUUUCCAUGGCAUUAGACGGCACACUCUUCCUCUGUGUAACCAUUCCCCUUGCUCUUCCCUAUUCACCCCACACCCCUGCAGACAUCCGCUUACGAGUGCGUGCCGAGUAUUGCCAGCAUGAAUCAGCGCUUCAGGGAAACGUCUUCUCCAACAAGCAGGAGGCUCUGGAGAGGCAGUUUGAGAGGUUCAACCAGGCAAACACUAUUCUCAAGUCCCGGGACCUGGGCUCCAUAAUCUGUGACAUCAAGUUCUCAGAGCUCACAUACCUAGAUGCUUUCUGGCGGGACUACAUCAACGGCUCCCUGCUGGAGGCCCUGAAGGGUGUCUUCAUCACAGACUCACUCAAACAGGCGGUGGGCCAUGAGGCCAUCAAACUGCUGGUCAAUGUAGAUGAGGAGGACUAUCAGGCCGGCCGCCGCAAGCUGCUCCGGAACCUGGUCACUGGAGGUGGGGCCGGGGCUGCAGCCGCACCCGAAGGGAGCAGAGGGACUCCAUCCUCCUAG